AUGUCCAAUAUCAGCGGACCCACCCUGAUGAAAAGGAGGCUUCUAGCAUCGGUGGUAGAGAUCCAACUCCUGUAUGCUGCCCCCAUCUGGUCCCCCACAAUGAACUUCACGGCUAGGACUAGGGUGAAUCUCAGGAGGCCUCAGAGGGCAGCUGCCCUAAGGACCAUUAGGGCUUACAGGACGGUGUCUGAUGAUGCCGCCUUCCUCCUGGCUGGAAUGCCACCAGUCGAUCUUAUUGCGGCAGAGAGGGUCAGGGUGAAGGCCAAAGCGGAGCUACCAUCUCUCCCUGGUGAAAAACCUCCCACUGAGAACUCCAUAAAAAGGAUUGAGAGGAAGACCACCAUCACUGAAUGGAAAAGCAGAUGGUUUUAUUCCAGGAAGGCGCCGUGGACUCAUCGGCUCAUACCGGACCUUGCAAGGUGGAUCAACCGGACGGUUCCCAAGGUGCCCUGGUCAUACCAAAUAUAUUAA